AUGGACGCGCUGGAGGCGCUGCUGGACGAGGUGUCCCUGGAGGGCCUGGACGGGCUGUCGCUGUGCGGGCUGUGGCGGCGGCUGGAGUCCCGCGCGCCGCCCUUCCCGCUGCCGCUCGAGCCGCACACGCGGGAGUUCCUGUGGCGCGCGCUCGGCGCCCACCCGCACGUCCGCUUCUUCGCCCAGCCCGACGACCGGCCCCGCCUCCUCCUGCACGACCGGUACGAAGAAAUAGAUUUGGAGACGGGAAUCCUAGAGUCAAGGCGUGACCCAGGCUCUUUGGAGGAUGCUUACCCCAUUCGUAUGAUAUUAGACCAUAAGGAUGGCAUACAGGGUUCUUGCCAAUAUUUUAAUGAGAGAGUAGACAUUACUGAUCAAAUAAGAACAGCAUCUCUGCAGCCUACCUGUACCCUCACUGAAGCUUUUAACAGAUGGGGGAAGAAAAUGGUCAUUGUUGCCUCACAGGAGAUGCGAUACAGGGCUCUGAUAGGAUUGGAAGGGGAUCCCGAUCUAAAGCUACCAGACUUUUCCUACUGCAUUUUGGAGCGGUUAGGCCGAGCAAGGUGGCAAGGAGAACUUCAGAGGGACCUUCACAAUGGCGCUUUCAAGGUCGACGCUGGGAAGCUGCACUAUCACAGAAAAGUACUGAUCAAAAACAGGCUGAUCACAAUGCAGUCGCAUGUGAUACGCCUCCCGACUGGGGCUCAGCAGCACUCCAUUCUCCUGCUUUUGAACCGGUUUCACGUUGACAGGAGGAGUAAAUAUGACAUCUUAAUGGAGAAGUUGACCACCCUGCUGAGCACUAGAACUCAUCAGAUGGAUACCCUAGGAGCCCUGCGGGAAGAACUGGGUCUCUGUGAAAGAACAUUUAAGCGCCUGUAUCAGUACAUGCUUAACGCCAGCCUGGCCAAAGUGGUGUCUAUCCCACUGCAAGACGUUCAUCCUGAUGGGGGACCAUGCAAGACAAAGAAGGGAACUGAUGUGAUGGUUCGGUGCCUCAAGCUGGUGAAAGAAUUUAAACGGAAGGUAGAGGACGACCACGACCAGGAUGAAGAGGAUGAAGAAGAGAUGGUGGCCAAAACGGUCCAACCGGUGGAUGUUGUGUAUGAGAGAGAUAUGCUGACCCAGGCUUAUGAGCUAAUUGAAAGCCGAGGCACAAAAGGAAUUUCCCAGGCCGAAAUGCGCAUGGCUAUGAACGUGGGAAAGCUGGAAGCCCGGAUGCUGUGUCGUCUUCUUGAGAGAUACAAAGUCGUCAAGGGCUUCAUGGAAGACGAAGGUCGGCAACGCACAACGAAGUACAUUUCCCACGUCUUUGCCGAAGAGAGCUUUUUAAGCCAGCAGUAUGAGAGGGAAAAAGCCCGGAGCGAGCACUUAGCUACAGUGAGCUUGGCUCCGGUGCACGAAGAAUCCCUUCCUCUGGGCGGAGAGGAAAGCUUCCUCUCGGAGUCGGACAAUGACGAAGAGCACGGCAGUGGUAGUAAAAGAAAAGGGAAAGGGCCACAAAGUGAGACCGAGUCACUGGUGAAAUUCGGUUUCGGGGGUGAGGCGCGGCAGUCGACUCCAACGAAAGCCGGAGGUAAAUUCUUAGGCCUGCACUUGAUGAAGAUGAAGAAGCCCCUUUCUAUGGACGUUAUUGACGAUGUUGACGAACUCUCAGGGGAGUCCGCGGAUGUCGACAGCAGUCUGGAUGCCACUCAGAUGGAUGGCAACAGCUCUCUCAGCACACAUAUCGCGGAUGAAGACGGGGAUGUGGCCAUGAUCGAAGAGGUCAAGCUUGACAAUCCAAAGGAGAAUAGAGCUCUCCAGAAGAAAAAGAAGGGGAAAGGUCGCAAGUGUACGGCCCUGGAGAGAUCGCAUGAAACGUACCGGCUGCUGAAACGCCGAAAUAUGAUCGUUGAGGCCGUCCGCAACCUCCGCUUGAUUGAGAGCUUAUUCACGCUUCAGAAAAUGAUUAUGGAUCAGGAGAAGCAAGAAGGUAUAUCCACCAAAUGCUGCAAAAAGUCCAUCGUUCGCUUAGUUCAGAAAUUGUCUCAAGAAGGACUCCUGAGGCUCUAUCGCACCACGGUCAUUCAAGAUGGUGUUAGUAAGAAGGUCGAGUUUGUAGUCCAUCCGUCAAUCAAUCCCAACGAUCCUCUUGUGAAAAGUGCCAUUGAGCAAGUUCGUUUCCGGAUCUCUGCUUCCAGCACAGCAUCCAGGGUUAAGCCACACCAGGCUCCAGGGUCCCAAGGAGCGGUAGGUGAAGAGAAUGAAGGAAAAGUGGACUUGGUAUCAGGAGAAGCCAGCACGGCUGCUCCCUCGAAAUCGGAAAGUAGCAGCCGGACGAAGAAAACAGAUGAGAAAAUGGGCAUAACGCAGCUUAAAAAUUAUAACCCUGUCAUAGUUCCAGGACUUGGGCGCUCCCUUGGAUUCCUCCCUAAAAUGCCUCGUCUCAGGACGGUCCACGUGUUUCUGUGGUAUCUGGUCUAUGGGCAUCCUUCAAAGGAGGAGUGGGAGAAGGCAAACCAGGAGACCGAACGGAGGAGCGGCAGACAGGAACCCAACCCCGAUGCGGGCCAAGCACAGACCUUCCCUUCGGAACCAGGGGAUUCAGAGGCUCCUCCGGAUGCUCUCUCCAAAGAGAAUCCAGAAGGCUCUGCCCGGGAGGCAGAAGUGGAGCUCGCCACUGAAAGAGAGAAUCCAGAAGGCUCUUCCCGGGAGGCAGAAGUGGAGCUCGCCACUGAAAGAGUCUAUAAGGAUGAAGCCUCGUGGAUGCGUUUCGUUCCUCCCAUUCCAGUCCACCGAGAUUUUGGCUUUGGCUGGGCUCUUGUGAGUGACGUUCUCCUCUGUCUGCCUCUCUCCGUCUUCAUUCAGAUAGUGCAAGUCAGCUACAAGGUGGACGGUCUUGAAGAAUUUUUAAACGAUCCGUUGAAGAAGCACACAUUGAUCAGGUUUCUCCCCAGAUCGAUCCGACAGCAGCUUCUCUACAAGAGGCGGUACAUUUUUUCCGUAGUGGAGAAUCUGCAGAGACUGUGCUACAUGGGGCUGGUGCAAUUUGGGCCUACAGAAAAAUUCCAGGACAAGGAUCAGGUCUUCAUAUAUGUGAAGAAGAAUGCAAUGAUCAUUGACACCACUAUCUGUGACCCACAUUACAACCUGGCACAAAGCAGCAGGCCAUUUGAGAGCCGCCUGUAUAUUCUGGAUACCAUGCAAGACGUCGAAAACUAUUGGUUUGACCUACAAUGCGUCUGCCUCAAUACUCCACUGGGAGUGGUCCGUUACCCUCGGGCCAAAAGAAGCAGCUCUCAGGAGCCAAGCCACGGGAGCAGCGACGUGGACGCCGCCAACGUGGAGGAGGAGAGUGCGAUCGACAAACACAACCUGGAGCGCAAGUGUGCGAUGAUGGAGUACAUCGUUGGGCGUCGAGAGGUGGUGGAUGAUGGCUCUAUUCCCGGUGAUGGAUUGGGAUCAGCCGGUUUAGAUUCCAGUUUCUACGGCCACUUAAAACGCAAUUGGAUCUGGACCAGCUACAUCAUAAACAAGACAAGAAAAGAGACCACGGUACCUGAAAAUGGCCUCACCGUAAGGCUGCAGACUUUCUUAUCCAAACGCCCCAUGACAUUCAGCGCUGGAGGUAACAGGAUCAAUAUUUUGGGAGAUACAAGACCAGCAUCUGAGCUCUGUGCUGAGAGGGAAGAGCAGUUUGAGUUAGGCAAAGAAGUAACACAAGACCGAAACAAGAGAGUGCGGGGCGGUAAAAACCAGAAGCGCAAGAGGCUUAAAAAGGAUCCCGGAAAGAAGGCGAAGAGGAGGAAAUGGGGCGAGUGGCAGGAAGGGAAGGCCAAACGGGAUCGCUACCACGACGAGGCCGACCAGAGCGCCCUGCAGAGGAUGACCCGCUUACGCGUAACCUGGACCAUGCAGGAGGAUGGGCUGCUGCUGCUUUGCCGAAUUGCCAGCAACAUUCUGAACACGAAGGUGAAGGGCCCAUUCGUACCCUGGCAAAUUGUCCGGGAUAUCUUGCAUGCCACCUUUGAGGAGUCGUUGGAUAAAACAUCUCAUUCUGUUGGACGGAGAGCUCGCUAUAUAGUCAAAAAUCCACAAACCUACCUCAAUUAUAAAGUUUGCUUGGCUGAGGUGUACCAGGAUAAAGCUCUUCUUGAAGAGUUCAUAAACCGAAAACUUAACUACCAGGACCCAAAGAUUUGCGCGGAAGAAUUUAAAGAAUUUGUGGAGCGGCUCAAAGAGAAGUUCAGUUCCACCCUGGGGAAUCCCAAUCUUGAAAUCCCGGACACGCUUCAGGAGCUAUUUGGCAGGUACCGCGUUUUAGCGAUCGGAGAUGAGAAAAUUCAAAACCGGAAGGAAGAUACCCUUAAUAGUGUGGAUGAUAUUCAUUUUUUGGUCCUCCAAAAUCUGAUUCAGAGCACUCUGGCCCUCUCAGACAGUCAGAUGAAAUCUUGCCAGUCAUUUCAGACUUUCCGUCUGUACCGGGAGUAUGAGGACCACAUCCUCGUGAAGGCCUUCCUGGAAUGCCAGAAGAGGAGCCUGGUGAACCGCCGCCGAGUAAACCACUCUCUGGGGCCGAAAAAGAACAGGGCCUUACCCUUCGUGCCAAUGUCUUAUCAGCUGUCACAGACCUACUACAGGAUCUUUACCUGGCGGUUUCCCACCACCAUCUGCACCGAGUCCUACCAAUUCCUCAAGAAGGUCAAGGCGGCUGGCAAGUCGGACCAGCCGGAUAACUUUUCAUUCAAGGACCAGGAGGUCGCCGGCGCUGCCAGCGACCUGGUGGCUUUUUCUCUGGAUGGACCUGGAGGCCACUGUGGGGCCAUUAUAAGCCUCUUCUCCAUGGGGCUGGUGUCCGUCGAUGUGAGGAUCCCGGAGCAGAUAGUCGUGGUGGACAGCUCGAUGGUGGAGAACGAAGUCAUCAAAAACAUGGAAAAGGAAGGAGGACUGGAGGAAGACGACGACGAAGAAGACGACGACUUGGAUGAAGGGACCGGAAGCAAGGGCAGGAUUGAGGUGAAAGCGCGACAGGCCUCCCACACCAACUAUCUCCUGAUGAGGGGCUACUACGCCCCCGGGAUCGUCAAUACCCGCAACCUGAACCCCAACGACAACGUCGUGGUGAACUCCUGCCAAGUGAGGAUCAAACUGCGGUGUACCCCGGUACCCGAGCGCAUCACCAACCCAGUUUCUUCAGUGAUUGAUAAAUUGACAGCCGGAGUAUCCUGCCUCCCCGAAACAUUCACCAGGAUGAUUAAUGUCCAGGAAGACGCCUGCGGUUUAGAUGAGUUGGUCCAACGGGUGGAGGGUUACGGGUACGAACCUGAGGACGUAGCCGCAGUCUUGGAGAUUCGGGGGGCCGUCAGAGACGCCUCCUCUUUCGGAGUGGAUAAGGCGGACCUGAGCAGGAAGUUCGCCAAGUACGAGGAGACCAGCUGUGAGCGUACAAGAACCUUCUUGGACUACAUUCAGGACCUCCUGAAGUUGAACCAAGUGUUGGAAGUCGGUGGCGACACAGUCCGCCUGGUCGCCCUGGAGAACGCCCGGCCCUGGCUCUUACACUCGGUGCGAUUGAGGAACAAAGUGGAAGGAACCGAGCGUCACGGAGAGGAGCCCCUCGAGCCUGCCCGGCAGCCGGGAAGCCAAGAAGAGCCUUCGAAGGACGAGAGCCGGUCCGAGGGGGCGGCCCCGCCCGGCGGAGGCCCGGACACCCUGCGUGACGGCCAGCCCUGUCACACGGCCGCCGGCCGGGGCCGGGAGAGCGACUCGGAAGGGCUGAACGAGCCUCCCGCAAAGAGAGCCGUCCUUGAAGACGUUCGCCGGGGCCGUUUUCUCCAGCCUGCUCAAGAGAAGGAGGCGUUCGUUCCUGGGAGCGGAGCGAGUCUCCCGGCUUCUCCCGGAGGGCCUCUGGGAAGAGAGCCGGAGGAUGCUGCUUUGGGACUCUCGGAGCCCAGCGCUCAGGCAGAGCCAGUUGAAAGUGACCUUCCCGCGGGAAGAAGGGAGGCCGAGAACUGCCACGCGGAAGCCAGCGGGCCGGAAAGCCACGCCAAGGAAUCUCAGGCCCCAGAGGGACGUGAAGAACCUAAAGAGAGUUCUGCUGCUGGCAACGUAUCCCAGGCGAGACGAGAAAGGGACUUCGAGGACGUCCGCUUCAUCGGCAGGCCCUGGCGAAUCGUCGACGGCACCCUGAACAAGCCGGUGUGCAAGGGGAUGAUGGAAGCCGUGCUCUACCACAUCAUGACCAAGCCUGGCAUCCCGGAGUCCACCUUGCUGCAGCAUUACCGGGGAGUCCUGCAGCCCAUCGCCGUUUUGGAAAUCCUCCAGGGUCUGGAAGCUCUUGGCUGCAUCAGAAAGUUCUGGUUGAAGAAGCCUUCCGCCGUCUCCCUCUUCUCCAAGCCGCAGAUGGGAGAGGAAAUCGUCUGUCCCCGGCUGAGCGAGGCCCCGACUGCGUUUUACGAGCCCUCCAUUGACUGCACUCUGCGGCUGGGACGGGUUUUCCCGCAAGAAGUGAACUGGAACAAAUGGGUCCAGGUGAUCCACGUAUAGGGAAGGGUUGUUUUGGUUUCCCCCCCCGCCCCAAGCCGGGGGCUGCUUUCUACCCUGUCCGGUCUGAGGGAGUAGCGGCUUGACAAGAAUUGAUUUUCCAACUGCGAAUGAUAGUUCAGCUCACUCGCCAGCCGGCCUCCUGGGAGCCCAGCCGAAAGGAUUUGGCAGUUAAGGUGUGUUUGGGGGCUGGAGUGAUUGGCGCCUCCGGUUCAGUUUUGUCCUUUUUUCGUGGUGUUGGAAUCAGCUCUGGUCAGCGAGCCGUUGAACUGAGCAGAAUCGUGUCCGUAUCGAGAUGUGCGUCUCCCUGAGAGAAGGCCAGGAACAACCUGAAAGCCAUGCUUCAGGUGGAAGAGGUGGGGGAAGUGACCUAAGCUGCCGAGAAAGAAAUGCCUCCCUUCCUUCCGCCUGUGCCCACAGAUACUAAUUCUCCUCCUAAGGCAGGAAAGGAUGACCAGCAGUCCAAGUUUUGGGAACAGGAAUUAGGAUUGCUGCUUCCUUGAGCGUAGAGUCUCGCUGUCCCCGGGAGGGAGAAGGCAGCCGGCGAGGGCCUUCCCCGAUCCAGCCACCCAGAGAAAAGAUGGAGCUUCCCAUUUCUUACCCCAUGUGUGUGUUUCUUUUCCGCUGGACACCAUGCGAUAUCUACCACGGGACCUAGCUUUUAAAGCUGAGUUUGAGCAUUAAAGGAUGCCACCAUCACCCGUUUUUUGGUUUUUGGGGGGCUUUGUACAGAAGUUCGUUAACUUUAUAAGCUCUCAGCAGAUGGUUUUUUUCCAAAACAUCCGUGGAAUUAAAGAAGUUGGUGCCGAU